GGAGCGCGGUCAGUGCCCAGUGCUCUGUGGGCCGAUCUCGCGCAUGCCCCACCGUCCCGGACUGGGCUUGCCGCACAAGACUUCUCGGGUUCAACUUCUCACUCGCGCAUUGCCUGCGCUUCGCGGGAGGAGGAAAUGAGGUUGGGAUGAUGUUGGCACGGUCUUCUCCCGUUCCCGCCAGUCCAGCCAAUGCAUCGCCUCGAAGUAGCCUUCACAGCUUCCACUAUGCACCAGGCCCCUCGCCGAGAUACGCUUCUCCCAGGAUUCCGGCGGUCGCCAAGUCUCGCCGGCCGUCUACCUCGCCUGCAGCCGCAAUAACCUCGUCCGCAGCACCGCAACAAAAACGAUAUGUAGCCGUCGACGCUGCGACCCAGUACUCGCCUAUGGAGCCUAUGGAUUACGCCACCGGCGCAUUGCUCCCGCGAGUACCACCGACCGGUAAAGCCGACCAGCACGAGUCCAAGGCACAAAAAGCAAUGGCCGCCCCCGAGGAGCGGCCCGCCGUUGUCGCGCGGUCGCCGGCGAAGCCCUCUAAAACGGCGCCUGCCGGUUCGAAGCAGCGCAUGGAUUCUCCGUCCCUGACUGCCUCUCCGUCUAAGAGAAGAAAUUCUCAAGGGCCCGGUAGCAGCACGAGCGGAUUGGCGCCCGAUACGUUACAAAACCCCUCAACGAUAUCAAAACGGGCCAAGCCCGAAACCGCGCCCCCGAAAGUCCUACCGUUGCGAUACGAAUACUGUCCGGUAGAGGACAUGGUCGUCCUUAUCGCGCAUAUGCUAGGAGAGCUCAUCGAGACGAACGAUACGCUCGCCCUCAAGUCGGGCCACCUCACCCGCUUCCAUUCCCGAACUGCCCCCGGGAUAUCAGUACUCGAUUACCUUCACCGCCUCGCGAAGCACGCGACUCUAACCCCGCCCCUCCUCCUCUCCAUGGUCUACUACAUUGACCGCUUAUGCGCACUAUACCCCGAUUUCACCAUCAACACCCUGACCGUGCACCGAUUUCUCAUUACCGCCGCUACGGUCGCGGCGAAAGGACUGUCCGAUGCGUUCUGGAACAAUUCAACUUACGCUAGAGUUGGGGGCGUCAAAGUGGCAGAGCUCAAACUACUGGAGCUCGAAUUCUUGCACCGUGUUGACUGGAAAAUUGUUCCCAACCCGGAAGUCUUGGUUGCAUAUUAUUCUGGACUUGUUGAGAGAUGCCCGGGCUACAGGCUCGAAGGGGCAGAGAACGAAGAUUCUGACAGCAGCGAUGCCGUGGAGGAUAGCGACGAGCUCGAUGAGGACGACGGCGUUGUGGAAGGCCAAGGGGAGGCAUCUUGAAACAAGCCCACGGUCUGGGCCCUUGAUGAAUGCUGUGUCACAUACAGGCGGGCCCGCGGCCGUCUGUUGGAGGAAUAGAAUUUACUUGGAACUAUGAGAGACGAUAAGAAAACUCUCGCUUGGAGCGCGCAAUUAGCCGCGAAUAGGCGGGGACAUGUUUGGAAUUACUUCGGCUUUCUGGUGUUGG